AUGUUGAAGAAGUUGAGGGAAAUUGCAAAUCCAGCAAGCACUUUUCUUAUUGAGCCUGAUGUGAAACCUAAUCCAUGUCGAGGACAUAAGAAAAUUGAUAUAUCUUGUCGUCGUGACCCGCGUGCAUUUGAGUUGGUUGACGAUGGGCAUGUUAGCCAAAGCACAUUAGCUUCCAGUCAGUCAAAAAAACAGAGAGCUUCAAAAGUGCUUGAGAAGCAGCGGAAUGUGAAGACAAAGACAUAUCGUACAAGAACAAGUUUACCGAGUGCAUAUGUUGGUGACUUCCCGUCUAUGUUAAUAUUAUUCAUAAAUUUGAUGAAGGAUGUAGAUGGUGAUGGGAAUUGUGGAUUUAGAGCUAUUGCGGGUUCACUUGGUCUUGGAGAGAAUGAUUGGGUGCAAGUUAGGCGUGAUCUGCUACUUGAAUUGAAUAAUCAUAAAGAUGAAUACGUCGUACUAUACGGGUCGCAUGAGAGGGUUGAGGAACUGACACACAUCCUUUCAUAUUUUGAAGAUAGCCCAGGCUUUGAUCGUUGGAUGACUAUGCCUGACAUGGGGCAUCUUAUUGCAUCAUUUUAUAGUGUAGUCUUAUACCACUUGUCAUUGCAACAGUGUCUCACUUUCUUACCUUUGAGAUCAUUGCCAGUAACCCUAGCUAAUCGUCGUGAGAUUGUCAUUAGAUUUGUCAAUGGAAACCAUUUUGUGCAGGUAUUUUUGGAGGUCGGUCAUCCAGUUCCUCCCAUUGCUGUGCUUUGGUGA